AUGACUUUGAACGUUGGCAUUGUUGGAACAGGGAUUUUUGCUUCCAGUGCACACUUGCCUGUGAUUCAGGCUAUUGAUAACCUUAGGCCUGUGGCCGCUUACAACAGAACCAAGAGCAAGGCGGAUACAUUUGCCGCACAAGCUGGGAUUGCGCCUGAAAAUGUUUACGGAGAUCUCGAAGAACUUCUUGAAAACCCAGAUAUCGAUUUCAUCGAUGCUUUGUUACCCGUUCAAAACAAUGUUGACAUUGUCAAGAGCGCAAUCAAGCACAACAAGCCGAUCAUGUUUGAGAAGCCUAUUGCCGCUAAUAUGAAGCAAGCCAGAGAAAUUGUGGAGCUUGCGGCAUCUACAGAUUUGCCUAUUGGGAUCUUGGAACAAUGGGCUUUCUUCAGUAGCAUUGCCCAAAUGAAGGAUAUCUUGUCCCGCAUCGGAAAUAUCCAGUCAUUCACCUACAAGGCGACUGGGCCAUGGAAUUCCAAUAACAAAUACUUGGCUACUGCUUGGAGACAAAAGCCUGAACAUAUCGGCGGCUAUUUGAGUGAUGGCGGUGUCCACCAGUUGGCGCUACUCACCGAAAUUUUGGGAAAUGUUGAGUAUAUCAGUGGCCAUACGAAACAAGUUAGAAAAGAGAGCGGCACGGACGAUAUCUUGUUUUCAACCUUGAAGUUGACCUCGGGUAUCAUCGGCACUUUUACCUAUGGCUCUGCCUUCGGUGCUACUGAAAAAAGUACCAGCUUAAUCGUUUAUGGAGAUAAUGGUUCGAUUACGUACGACUUCUCUCCUUCUUUGCCAAAGCCCACAAUUACCUACCAGACAGGCGCCAACGCUCUGGAGGCCUCUGACAAGAUUGUUCUUCAGGUGGAUGAAGUAAACGCCAUUGAAGAAGAGUUCAAAAACUUUGCAACCGCUGUGGAGGCCAAGGAUAAAUCGCUUGUAACUGUGCCUCCAGCAAAGGCGUUCCAUCACUUGGCCAUCAUUGCAGCUGCGCUUGAGUCUUCCCAAAACAAUGGCUCUAGUGUGAAAGUUGAGACUCUUUAG